AUGGCGGGUCUGACGGCGGCGGCCCCGCGGCCCGGAGUCCUCCUGCUCCUGCUAUCCAUCCUCCACCCCUCUCGGCCUGGAGGAGUCCCUGGGGCCAUUCCUGGUGGAGUUCCUGGAGGAGUCUAUUACCCAGGGGCUGGUCUCGGAGGCCUUGGAGUAGGAGCGCUGGGGCCUGGAGGCAAACCUCUCAAGCCAGGUCCCGGAGGGCUUGCGGGCACUGGCCUUGGGGCAGGGCUCGGCGCCUUCCCUGCAGGUGCCUUUCCGGGGGCUCUGGUGCCUGGCGGAGUGGCUGAUGCUGCUGCAGCUUACAAAGCUGCCAAGGCUGGCGCCGGGCUUGGUGGUGUCCCAGGAGUUGGUGGCAUUGGUGGCGUUGGCGGUGCGGUGGUUCCUCAGCCUGGAGCCGGAGUGAAGCCUGGGAAAGUGCCGGGUGUGGGGCUGCCAGGUGUAUACCCAGGUGGAGUGCUCCCAGGAGCUCGGUUCCCCGGUGUGGGGGUGCUCCCUGGAGUUCCCACUGGAACAGGAGUUAAGCCCAAGGCUCCAGGUGUAGGUGGAGCUUUGGCUGGAAUCCCAGGAGUUGGACCCUUUGGGGUACAGCAACCUGGAGUCCCACUGGGGUACCCCAUCAAGGCCCCCAAGCUGCCCGGUGGCUAUGGACUGCCCUACAGCACGGGGAAACUACCUUUCGGCUAUGGGCCCGGAGGAGUGGCUGGUGCAGCGGGCAAGGCUGGUUACCCAACCGGGACAGGGGUUGGCCCCCAGGCAGCAGCAGCAGCAGCAGCUAAAGCGGCAGCAAAGUUGGGGAGAGGAAGUGCUGGAGUCCUCCCUGGUGUUGGAGGGGGCGGUGUUCCUGCUGUGCCUGGGGCAAUUCCUGGAAUCGGAGGCAUCGCAGGUGCUGGGGCUCCAGCUGCAGCUGCAGCUGCAGCAGCAGCCGCUAAGGCAGCCAAGUAUGGAGCUGCUGCAGGCUUAGUGCCUGGUGGGCCAGGCUUUGGCCCAGGAGUAGGUGUCCCAGGAGCUGGCAUUCCAGGUGUUGGUGUCCCAGGAGCUGCCAUUCCAGGUGUUGGUGUCCCAGGAGCUGGCAUUCCAGUUGUCCCAGGUGCUGGGGUUCCAGGGGCUGUGUCACCAGCUGCAGCUGCUAAGGCAGCUGCGAAGGCAGCCAAAUACGGGGCCAGGGCCGGAGUCGGAGUUGGAGGCAUUCCUACUUUUGGGGUUGGAGCUGGGGGCUUUCCCGGCUAUGGUGUCGGAGUCGGAGGUAUCCCCGGAGUCGGAGGUGUCCCAGGAGCUGCCAUUUCCCCUGAAGCUCAGGCAGCAGCUGCCGCCAAGGCUGCCAAGUACGGAGUGGGGGCCCCAGCAGCUGCAGCUGCUAAAGCAGCCGCCAAAGCCGCCCAGUUUGCUCUUCUCAAUCUUACAGGGUUAGUUCCUGGUGUCGGCGUGGCUCCUGGCGUUGGCGUGGCUCCUGGCGUUGGCGUGGCUCCUGGAGUUGGUGUGGCUCCUGGCGUUGGUGUGGCUCCUGGCGUUGGCGUGGCUCCUGGCGUUGGCAUCGGCCCUGGAGUUGCAGGAGUGGGAGCCCCAGCUGCAGCGAAAUCUGCUGCCAAGGCAGCUGCCAAAGCCCAGCUCCGAGCUGCAGCUGGGCUUGGUGCUGUUCCUGGACUUGGAGUUGGUGCUGUUCCUGGACUUGGAGUUGGUGCCGGCGUUCCUGGACUUGGAGUUGGUGCCGGCGUUCCUGGACUUGGAGUUGGUGUUGGUGUUCCUGGCUUCGGGGCAGUACCUGGAGCCCUGGCUGCCGCUAAAGCAGCCAAAUAUGGAGCAGGAGUGCCUGGGGCUCUCGGUGGAGUAGGCAUCCCAGGUGGUGUGGUGGGAGCCGGACCCGCCGCUGCUGCCGCAGCCAAAGCUGCUGCCAAAGCCGCCCAGUUUGGGGCACCCGCUGGACUCGGAGUCGGAGGACUCGGAGUUGGAGGGCUUGGAGCCGUCCCAGGUAUUGGGGGCCUUGGAGUUCGAGGAGAGGUCGGAGGAGUCACCAAGCCAUGCAUCUGA